AUGACGAGUAUGAGAAUUGGCGGUAUUAAACGUAGGGCUUUUGAUGUAUUUGGCUUUUAGAAUGUGGGCUUUUUGUAGAAAAGCUAUCAAAAAUCUCAGUUACGCCAUCGAGAGAUCGGAGAUCACCGGAUCCGGGGGAACAGCCGACGUCGAAAAGUGCGCCCGCUUCUCCGGGGGCAAAACAGAAAAAAGAGAGUUAUAAGAAGAAGAUUAUGAGAAAAUAUAAUAUGGACGAGAAGGAGUAUGAGGAGGCCAGGUACAGGAUUCUUUUUAACACUGUUUUUUUUUAGACGCCUGAUUUGUUUCUAGAAAAACCGCGCAGAAACAGAUGAAAGAUUGGGAAGAGCACAAGAAAGAUCAAGUGCUCGAGAUUUACAAGACGAAGAGCACGUACGUAUCGAAAUCGGCAAAAUCCGAUGUGGUGGGAUUAUAAAGAAAUGUGUAUGAUUAUAAAGAAAUGUGUAUUACUUUCAGAUGCAUCCGAAAAUGUCGCACAGCACAAAAGUGCUCAAUCGGUUCGGAAAAACGAUCGAUGUGGAAUUUGGGAAAAUGAAAGAAUACUAUCUUUUCGAUUUGAAACCCAACAAACAAUUCGUCGAGAUUCGCGCUGUGGUUUGUGGCGAAAAAUCAGGCACUGGUGGCGCCGGUAAAUUAACGAAAAGCGGCGCUUGAAAUUAACAAAUUUGGCUAAAAUUCUCCAGAGCUGACCGCCCAAUAGAGCGAUACAUUGGCGCGAAAUUUGUGUUUUUGCCAGAUAAGCCACGAAAAACCGAUAAUUUCUCAUUUGUCUCUCGAUACACCGCUUGUAUAGGCUAUUACGAAUUUUUUAAGCGCAAGAGCGUUAAAUUUGGUCAAGUCGCAAAUCACAUUUAUCAGUUUGAAGGUUUUUGGCUAAAACUGCGUGGAUUUUAGUUGCUUUUCGGUAAUUUUCGCGGUUCGAGCGCUCAAAAUGCUUGUAUUUACGUGAUUUAUCAUUCUAAAAAUCAAUUCUGUCGGAAAACGGUCAAGAAAGCGCAAAAUGAAAAGUGCGGUUUCUAGACGGCGAUCGGCGGCGAAGGCGAAAACGCAAAGUCCGCGAAAAAUGCGCCAAAACGUCAUUAAUUCUGAGAAUUCGUGUUUUUUCAUGUCGAACAAUCAUUUUUCUUCGCCUUUGGCCACAAAAAUCGGAGAAAACCUUCUCAAUUCAUGAAAACACCAUUUUGCGCGCAAAGUUUAAGAAAAAACCCGGAAAUCACGCGGAUCUUGCUGGGAUUUCCUUCAAUUUUGGAGGCGUCACAUAAAAUCAUGCUUUCCAAAAAAAAUAUGUUCAGGCUGCUCAUGACCAACAACUGGACCCCCUACGCGCAAAACAGAAGGCAAUGGUGGCGAAUAACGAAAAGAAACAGGCGGAUAAAACGAAAUAUGAUCAGAUGAAAAGGUGUAUUUUUCUAUUGAAAACGUCUAAUAACUCGAAAGAUUUCAGUAUUUACGGGCGUCCGGAAGAGGAAAAAACGGGCCAGGAAGAGCCGGACGAAAAGGAAGAAGAAACUCCGGAGCCGGAAAAGUACAGUACGUGCUCAACUGAGAGCAUUAUGCCCUCGAAAUUUUUUGCUCGAAUUUUCUAGGCCAUCGCUCAAUUUGCAUUGUUUUCCCUAAUUUUUUGGAACAAAGAUGAAAGAUGAACCAAACUUUCAUUGAAUUAAAAUUAAAACUUGAGAGGCGAAUACGACGGACGAGAAAAGAAAUGUGUUUCCGGAGGCGUGGUACCAAUUGUCAAUGUCCCGUACCCAAAUGGAAAAAGGACGCAAGACUUAUUGGGUUGCCACCGGAUCUUGGUAAGCUUUGAAGCGCUGGAAAUUUGUAAAAGUAUUCCGUUUCAGCGAAGAAUCCUCAUUUGACGAUGAUCCAGAGGGAAAGUUUACGGUGACGGCUGAAAAACUGAUUGAAACGUUGGAAGCGGGCGGAAAAGUCAAAGAUUCUGGAGUGGUGGAGCCGAAGAAAAACGCGGCGAAAAAGGUGAUGACGGACGGGUUGGCUGAAAUGUUGGCGAGAUAUAAUAAGACAUGUGGCAGGUGAAUAAAAAUACAGAGAAAAGUUAGAAAACAAAAUUCAGGGACAUCUGUUUCACCAACACGCUCAAAGGAACUAUUGAAUUUUCGGGGAAAGCUUUCGUUUCAGCACCGGCCGCCGAAAAAACUGCUCAAAAUUCAAUUCAGCAGGAGCCGCCCACGGAGUCAGCUCAUUUUUGAGAUACAAAAUUUACAACAACAACAAAAAUUCAGAAGUGCUAAUGAAAUCACGUUCACUCCCACAAUCAUCGCGCACGUCUUCAAGGGAACUCGUCUGAGGCGUCAGUACGCAAAAAAGAACAAAGUGGAAAAAUAUGUGGAGGAGAGGAAGAAUUAUACAAGAGAAGCCGGCGAGGACACUAGCGGAGGGCUUUGA